ACUUGCCAUCCACAACCCUAAACCAACCCCUCUCUCUCCCUUCACUUUCUUAUUAUAUAUAUCUUCUUCCUCACUUUUCUCUCCUCUCCUUCAUCUUCAAGACUUUUCUUCCACCAAAAACAAUAUCUAUAUCACCCUCAUCUUCAUCAACCUCUUCAACUAACUAUCUACCUUAAUAAUCCAAUCAUGGAUGAUUCUUCCUCAGCUGCUGAAGAAUCCAAAACUUGUCCCCGUGGUCACUGGAGACCUGCUGAAGAUGAAAAGCUUCGCCAACUUGUUGAACAAUAUGGUGCUCAAAAUUGGAAUUCUAUUGCAGAAAAACUCCAAGGAAGAUCAGGGAAAAGUUGUAGGUUAAGAUGGUUCAAUCAGUUAGAUCCAAGAAUUAACAGAAGACCUUUCACAGAAGAGGAAGAAGAGAGACUACUCGCGGCGCAUCGUAUUCACGGAAACAAAUGGGCACUAAUAGCCAGGCUUUUUCCAGGUAGAACUGAUAAUGCUGUGAAGAAUCAUUGGCAUGUUAUUAUGGCAAGAAAACAAAGGGAACAAUCUAAAUUAUGUGGUAAAAGAACCUUUCAAGAAGUUUUCAAUAACUCCUCAAUUCUUAAUUUUCCUUAUACAACAAGAAAUAUUGGAUAUGAGAAUGGAAAAUUCUUUGAUACUAGUACUUCUUCUUCAAACUCUCUAGCUUCUUGGAAUUUUGCUUCUGUGCCGACAUCGAUAACAAACACUACUACUUCUCUUGUUUUGGAUAGUUCGAUUACGAAAAAAGGAUCGAAUAUUUAUAGAGGCUCUGAUAGAUCAUUUCUCUAUAGAAUUUGUCCAAAUCUUCCAAGCUACAAGAGAGUUGUUUCAAAUCCUUUUAGUUUUUUGAGUUCGGAUGGCGAAGGAAGGGUUAGGAAUUCGGAUAAUUUGAUGAGUAGUUUAUGCGAUAAAUCGUCGAUGUUGAUCACAAACAUAAAGUCUUCCAAGGAGAAAGAGUUGCAAGAAGAUCAUCAUGAAGCUGAACAGCACAAAGAAGUUCCUUUUAUUGAUUUUCUUGGUGUUGGUGUUUCUUCAUCAUAAUAUAUGAUUAAUCUCUCAUGAAGUAUUUAAAUAUAUUUAACUUCAUGUAAUAUUUUAUAUCUAUAUAGUUUUAGUUUUAGAGUUUUUACUUAGUGGUUAAUUAGCAAUUAGAGAAUAUAAUUAGUGUAGCUGCAUGAGGCCUUUCAUUUUAGAUAUAAGGAUGAUAUUGGUGCAUCAUUUUCUAAGAAUAGAAAUAGAUUGAAAAUUUUCAACUUUUUUUUUUUUUGUGUUAAACUUUUAGUUUUUCUAGUUUGGUUUGAGGGUAAAACUUUAAGUGUGGUGAAAUGAAGGGUAGUGUGAGGCACACAUUUGGUGCAAUAAUGGUUAUGGUUUGGAGCAUUUUAUGAAUAUGUAAGGUAUAUUGAAAAUUUGCAGACAUAUUCUGAUUUGUUUUCUAUGUUGUUCAUAUAUAGCA